AUGCCUAGUCAAGAUUCGGCAGAGCAAAUUCAGUCACAAUCCAUAAUAAUUAUACAUCCAGGCUCACAAAAUUUAAGAAUCGGAAGAGCAUCAGAUGUUAGUCCACAUGUACUUUUACAUGCAGUAGCUAGAAGAAGAUUAAAAAAUGGUUUAUCAUAUGAAGAUCAACUACUCCCAUCAAGUGUACAACCUACUGAUCAAUCUCUCAAAGAAAUGGAAGAAGCAAGACUGCAAGUAUCUCACAUUUUGCAGUCUUGCCUACAAUCAAAUGGAAAUAGAAGGUAUGCUACUCCACCUCAACAAAUUGCCGCUUUUAACAAAAGGGUUCAACCUGAAAUCAUAGGAUCAUCAUCUGAAACUUAUGUCAAACCUGAAAGUGAUUGUGAUACAAUAUUUGGAGAUGAGGUACUACAUUUAGAUCCUUCUCUUGAAUUUAAUAUUCACUUUCCUUGGAGGAGAGGAGAUCUCAAUGUUCAUUCUGGACCAGGUGGUUCACUCACAGCAGUAUUAGCAGAUUUAGAAGCUAUAUGGACUUAUGCAAUUACAAAUAAGUUAGAAAUUCCUCAAACGACUUUUGAACAUUACAGAGUAGUAUUAAUUAUCCCAGACAUUUACAAUAGACAAUAUCUUAAAGAGCUCACUAGGAUGCUAUUACUAAAAAUGGGUUUUGGAGGUUGUUUUUUGGUUCAAGAUCAUGUAGCAGCAACUUUUGGUGCCGGACUUGGGUAUGCUUGUGUUGUCGAUGUUGGAGAUCAAAAGACUAGUAUUUCCUGUGUGGAGGAUGCUAUCUCUCAUAGAACAACCAGAGUAAGAUUAAGUUUUGGCGGAGCAGAUAUCACGCAGACAUUUUAUUGGCUGUUACAAAAAUCAUCUUUUCCUUUUAAGCAAUGCAAUCCUCAAAACAGACUUCAUGCCUUACUACUACAUACCUUAAAAGAAAUGUUUUGUCAUGUCAAUUUAGAUAUUUGUGGUUCACAAGAAAAAAGAUUUGUGGUGAGGCAACCAAAUCAACCUACUCUUCAGUAUACUAUUCAAGUCGGAGAUGAAGCUAUAGUUGCUCCAUUAAGUUUAUUUUCACCAGAAUUAUUUGCCAUAACUCAUUCUAAAGAAAUUCACACGCAGGAAAGAAAUAUGGGUGAUCCAGAAGAUCCUCACGAUGAACAUUACUUGAGAGAAACUAGUAGAAAAAAAGAAAAUUUAGAGCAAACGGGUUUUCCUGAAGAACAAAUUCUAGAAACAGUAGAAGAUGAUAUAGUUGUCGAUAAUAUUGAAACAAGUACUUCUUGCAACAAAGAAUUUACCGUUUUACCCCAACAAAUUAUGGGUCUCGAUCAGGCUGUGCUGCAAAGCAUUGAUAGAUGCCCAAAUGAUGACGUCAAACGAAAAAUGUACGGAUGUAUAUUAAUUGUGGGAUCAGGAAUGAAAUUUCAAGAAAUUGGCAAAUGGUUACAAAAUAGAAUAGCUUUACAAACACCUUAUUUAUAUCGAUCAGAACAAGUGGAUAUCAUAACCAAUGCGAAAGAAAUGGAUUCUGGAGGAACAUGUUGGAAAGGAGCUGCCAUUUUAUCAUGUUUAGAAUCGGCUAGAGAAUUAUGGGUUUAUCCAGCAGAAUAUGAAAAAUGGGGUGUUAAAAUUUUAAGAGAAAAAGUUCCUUUUAUGUGGUAA